CGCUUUGCUUUUUCCUCUUCUCUUGUUGCAGCUACUUUGGGAUGCGGCAGUCACAAGUGCUUCCAUUGAUCAUGUUUUAAAAAUUAAAGCCGUUGCAGCUACCGGUCAUUUUCCUCCAACGGCCUCCCCUGCCGCAUCAUCCACACACACACAGGCCGGCCCACGCACAACCACCAGGUCCUCGCCGCUCCCCUAAUCCGAAGCGCCGGGCGAACGAUCUCUCCUCCGCGCUCCUGAUCAAGCCGAGUCGCCUCGACCCCUCGACACCGACGCGACGGGUUCCAAGCUCGAUUGCGGUUGAGCUCUGGGAGCGCGAGUGAUGGCGGCCGCGUCCAGGAAGGAGGAGGAGAGGAACGAGCGGAUCGUGAGGGGCCUCCUCAAGCUGCCGCCCAACCGCAGAUGCAUCAACUGCAACGCCAUCGGGCCGCAGUACGUCUGCACGAGCUUCUGGACAUUCACCUGCAUCUCUUGCAGCGGCAUCCACCGUGAGUUCACGCACCGUGUAAAAUCGGUGUCUAUGUCCAAGUUCACCGUGCAAGAGGUUGAGGCCCUUCAAAAGGGUGGGAACCAGCGAGCCAGAGAAUUAUUGUUGAAGGAUUUCGAUACCCAGCAAAUGAGGCUACCUGAUAACAGUAACAUUGAGAGCCUUAGAGAAUUCAUAAAAGCUGUUUAUGUGGAGAGAAGAUAUGCUGGUGUAAGUUUUUCCGAACGGCCUCCAAGAGAUAGACAGAUUCAAAAAUCCCAUGGAGAGGAACAUAGGAGGGCUAGUUCCUAUCAUUCAUUUUCUCAGAGCCCACCUAAUGAUUACCAAUAUGAAGAAAGGCGCAACGGCAAGCAACCUGCAGUGCUAAGUAGGAAACCUGGUUCAGACCGAGGGCGUGAUGGGAAGAUGCCUGGAUUUGCUUAUCGUUCACUUAGCCUGCAAGACAGAAUGUCUGAGGACCAAUUUGCAAAUGAGAGUGGUGGACCGAGAACUUCUGGCUGCUCAGGGUCAAGCCUGAGUGGUACCUUUGGAACAGCGCCCAAAUCACCUGAUUUCUUUGAUGAUGGGUGUUUAAGCCCUCCUGUCCAACAAAAUCAAUCAAAUAUGCUUAAUUCUAAUGGCAUCACUCAAUCCCAGAGAGCUGCACCAACAGGGAAGAUAGAUUCCAUAUCGCUUAAGUCAGGCAAUUCAAGCUUAGGUGAUUUGCUUUUUGAUUUUGGGAAUGUUCACGGAACUCAGCAAACCAACAAUUUUGUAGCUCCGAGUUUUGUAGCAUUUUCUGAUGCUGUAAAUGGUACAAAGGAGGAUCUCUUCAGUCAGCCAAAUUUGCAGCAACAACCUGUAACUGGCUAUCCAUCUGUAGAUUUAUUUGCAAAUAUGCCUCAUACAGCUUCAUCUGCUGAUAAAAUGCCACUGGAAGCUCCAUCAAUGGGCAAUGUUGGGUGGGCUACAUUUGACACGCCCCCAAAUGAUAAACAGCCUGGAGUCACUGGACCCUCUCCUGUAGCUGACAUAGGUAACGAUAAAAAGAUUCUGGGUCGUGAUUUGUUUUCGUUUGAACCAAGUGAUAGACCGACACUCUUCCUGACUUCCAAGCAUGAAGUCUCGAUCAGCAAUCAGUCUGGUGCUACAUCUCUUGAUACAGGUGGCUCUCAGUUAUGGCAUUCAUUUGAUGAUGCAACUGGGAUCAUGUCUAAUGAUCACGCCGGCGCUGAACCACUAAGUAAUGAGCGCACAAAUGUAACCAAUGUUUCCCUUACUAGGAGUAAUCCUUUUACUUGCCCUAUUGCUUCAAAGCAGGAAUCUCAUGAUGAUGAUUGCCAUCAAGUGUUCAUGGAUGAAUUAGCUCUAAGUGCACCAUUCACUCCUUUCCUAGAGCCAUCUCCAAUAUCUGCUGUUCCUCCGGGAAAAGCCUUGUCUGAUCAGGUUCUGCUAAAUCCAUUUGAUCUUCCAUUUGGUACUGAUUCAGAGGCUACUGAUCUGUUCAUGGACAUGAGUACGUUGCAAGCGGCUUUGCCUAAUUUACCAAUUUCUUUUCUUGAUGGUUUGCCUGAAUCAUGGUUCUCCAACAAUACUUCUACCUAUGUUCCGUCUGAAUCACAUGGUGGAUUACCAUGUCUUAUCGAGCAGGCUCCGAACUCUCCAUUGAGGAACAUAACAUUGAGCACUGUAUCUACUGGCAACCCUUUUGCAUAGAGAAAGGAUUCGGCUUGGAAAUCUACAUGGCUUUGUGCUGCUUGGACUUGUGAAAAGAGCAGAGUAGCACCUGUUGAUCUGUUCCAUGGGUUCACUGAACUUGUAUGUACCGGAUACAGAUAGGGAACUCGUGAGGCCAUUGUGCGGAGACUCGGAUAUCUAUGGUUUGGCUGACAAUGCACAUUUUGUGCCCCUUGCCUCUUGGAGAUUGGGACCCUUGCUGGUGGUGGCUGUGAUGACGAUAACCCAGAAGACAGGUGGUGGGGAUGACAGGGGUGAUGCUAACGUUAGUAGAUGUUGAGCCCGAAGCGUAAGUUAUCCGGCUACAUUGCUAUAUUGUUAUAUUCACAAAACGUCAUUGCCUACCGAAAAGUUAUUCCUAGACGCGUGGUGUGAUGGACCAAUUUUCCACCAUUAUAUUAUACAUAACGUUUCUUGGUC